AUGCAGAGAGGGAAGCCCUACAGAGCACCGCCUACCAUAGUACAGACCUUCUGCUAGAAGCACGGCCUCAUGUCCGAGGUAAUUGCCCGACUGUGGCGUAUUCAGAACACUGAGGCCACCAACCACAUGACCACGGAACUCUGCUUGGAGGAGCUUGGCUGGUGUCAGAAAACAUCCAUAGGGCCAGCUUUUGUUGCCCUCGUAGGUGACCACUACGGCCCCCGUCCCGUCCCCUCGCUGAUCGAGGAAAAGGAAUGGGAGGCGCUGAAAGCUCAGCUGAGCGCCAGGCCACGUGACCUGGAGCUGGUGGCACGACGCUUCCGGACAGAUGAGAACGCCGUGCCCCCCACAUACCUGCUGCAGACCCUGGGCAGCGGGGAGGCCCGUGGGCCCGAGGAGGCCACCCUGACCUCUGCACUGCGCUCUGGAGCCCAGGAGGCCCGCAGGCUGGGCCUCAUCACCCAGGAGAAGUGGCACUGCUACCACCGGUCAGUCAUCGAGGGGGAAAUAGAACGGGGCCUGCUGAGCUCAACAGACUGGGACCAGGGGGCGACCGUCUUCCUGAGAGAUAUCCAAGACCUCAACAAACACAUCCUGGAGGUCUGCGACCUCAAGAUGGUGGAACUGCUUGCAGCCGGUUGCCUGGACAAAGACGCCCAGAACCUUCUCAGCAGCCUCAAGGAGCGCAUCACUGACAUGCAGCCCGGAGUUCUCAAGGCCCACCACCUGGCAUGGAGCCGAGACCUGGUAGACCCCCCAAACAAGGCUCAUGGACGGUACCCGAAGGAGCUGGGGGAGCAGUUUGUGGCCAGGGCUAACCAUCAGGUCCUCAAGUGCCUCCAGAAACUGGAGGCAGGCAGGCGGGAGUUGGCACGGCUCUAUCAGGAGAUCCGCCACCACCUGGGGCUCAGUGCCGAGGCCCCACGGACCUUCUGUGGGCGCCAGGAGCUCCUAACCCAGCUGGGGCAGCAGCUCCAGCAGAGCGACGGCCACCCCCACCCACCCCUGGUGCUUUUUGGACCCCCGGGCAUCGGAAAGACUGCUCUGAUGUGCAAGCUGGCUGAGCAAAUGCCAGGGCUGCUUGGCCACAAGACAGUGACCGUUCUGCGGCUUCUGGGGACGUCACAGAUGAGCUCCGAUGCCCGAGGCCUGCUCCAGAGCAUCUGCUUCCAGGUGCGCCUGGCCUACGGGCUACCCCUGCCCCCUGCCCAGGUCUUGGAGGCCCAUACCAGGGUGGUCCAGUUUUUCCACACCCUCCUCCACACCGUCUCCUGCCAAAACUUUGAGUCCCUCGUGAUCCUGCUGGAUUUGGUGGAUGAGGUAGACUCUGUCCACCGUGCUCGGAGGGUCCCCUGGCUGCCUCCCAAGUGCCCCCCAAGGGUCCACCUCAUCCUCUCGGUCUGCUCAGCAGCGGGGGUUUUAGACACGAUGCGGCAGCUGCUCACGGACCCAGGUGCUUACUGGGAGGUGAAACCCCUCUCUGGAAACCAAGGGCAAGAGAUGGUUCAGCUCCUGCUGGCCGCCUCGAGGAGGACGCUGAGCCUGAUGCAGAGGGACCUGCUCUGGGCCAGCCUCCCGGAGUGUGGGCACCCAGGGAGGCUGAGGCUGGCCUUCGAGGAGGCCCGGAAAUGGGCCUCCUUCACCGUGCCAGCCCCUCUGGCCUCCACCGCUAAGGAAGCGAUGCACCAGCUGUGUGCCCUCCUGGAGCAGACACAUGGGCAGCUCCUGGUGGCCCGAGUGCUGGGCUACAUUGUGUCUUCCCGGCAUGGGCUCUCGGAGGCGGAGAUGAAGGAUGCCUUGUCCUUGGAUGACGAGGUCCUGCAGGCCAUGUACCAAGACUGGACCCCGCCCAGCAAAGAGCUGCCGCGUUUCCCACCCCUGCUGCGGGUGAGGCUUCGUCGAGAUCUGGGUAACUGCUUGGCCAGGCGGCCCGUGGAUGGCUGCAUACUCCUGGUCAUCGCCCACAGACAGCUGGCCGAGGUGGUCCGAGAGCGCUACCUGUCCUGGCCCGAGAAAGCCAAGGGUCACAGAGUCUUGGCCGACUUCUUCUCAGGGACCUGGAGCCAGGGAACCAAGAAACUCAUCACCCUGCCACUUGUUGGGAAACCCCUGAACCUGAACCACAGACAGCUGGCCGAGGUGGUCCGAGAGCGCUACCUGUCCUGGCCCGAGAAAGCCAAGGGUCACAGAGUCUUGGCCGACUUCUUCUCAGGGACCUGGAGCCAGGGAACCAAGAAACUCAUCACCCUGCCACUUGUUGGGAAACCCCUGAACCUGAACCACAGGUGCCCUGCUCCCCACUUGGAGCCUCCAAGCCGCUGCACCUGCAAGGUGGUCCCUCAGCCCCUGUGGUUCUCAGACACGGUUGCAAACCUGCAGAAGCUGAAGGAGUUACCCUACCACCUGAUCCACUCAGGCUGCAUCGAGGAGCUGAAGCAGGAGGUGCUGGGCAGCAUGAACUGGAUUUCCUGCCGGGGCAUCUCCGGGGGCAUCGAAGGUCUGUUGGAUGAUGACCUGUGCGCCCCUCACGUGGACUGUCCUGAGGUCAGCCUGGUCCGGGAAGCCCUCCAGCUGUGCUGCCCGGCAGUGGAGCUCCGAGGCAUGGAGAGAAGCAUCCUAUAUACAGAACUCCUGGCCAGACUCUAUUUCUUCGCAACCUCACAUCCAGUGCUGGUGGGACAGCUGUGCCAACAGGCGCAGAGCUGGUUCUGGAUGUGCCCACACCCUGUGCUGGUGCCCCUCAGAAGAUUCCUCCAGCCCCCGGGAGGAACCCUCCAGGCAACCCUCAUUGGCUGUCACAAAGACAUCACUGCCAUGGCAUGGAGACUGGAAGAGAAGCUGCUGGUGGUUGGCAUCCAGGAGGGCAUGGUAGCUGUGUGGGAUAUGGAAGAACAGCAGGUGAUCCACAUCCUACCUGGACACACAGGAGAGGUGAGGUGUGUGAAAGUGUUUGUCAAAGGAUCGCUUGCCAUCUCUACCUCGAAGGAUCACACCCUGUGCUUGUGGAACUUACUUUCUGGCCAGGAGAAAUUCACCAUUUGGGAUGGAGGCUCAAAAGAUCCCACUGAACCUCAGAUCUCGAGCCUUCAUGUGGAUGAAGCAAAGAAGGUUGUGUAUUCAGCAUCUAGCUCAAAAGUCAAUGCUUGGAAUCUGGAAACUGAAGAGCUGAUUUUCCGUACCCUGGGGGAUGCCUCUGACCCCGGGGUGUGCACGGCAGUGCUGGCUUCCAGGGUCACGCUGCUGACGGUGUCACAGGGUGGCGUGGUCAGUCUGUGGAGUUCAGCCACGGGAACACUGCAAAGGAAGCAACAUUUGUCCAGCAUCAAAGAAGAAACAAUUACCUGUGGGGUCUCAGUCCAGAAACAAAGAAAGAUGGUGACCAGAUCCAGCAAGGGCUCCAUCUCUUUGGUAAGCAACUUGACUGAAUAGGAUGCCAACAUUAAUUCAGCUCCAAAAUGCUCAGAUGGUUUUGGCAGAUCCAUGCGGAUAUUCUUGUCAGACUUGCAGGGGUUUCAUCAAUUCAUGGUCACCGACCUUGAACAUGAAGACAUGGUGAAGACGGCCAUUUUUGGUCCUGAAAACAAUCUGAUUGUCACUGGGUCCCGGGAUGAACUCAUUCAGGUGUGGAGUCUAUCAGAGCAGGGGAGUCUGCUAGAUGUCUUGGAAGACGUCGGGGCCCCCGUGAGCCUGCUGGCUCGGGGUGGGCCCUUGGUGGCAUCUGCUUCCCAUCAGUCCUCAUCUUUUAACGUCUGGGAUCUCACCUAUGCUCAGAAGCCAAGGGCCUCUACCCCAUUUCUAGACUGCACUGGCCUCACUGCAGUGUCACACAAUGGAAGCUAUGUUUAUUUCCCUAAAAUUGGGGACAAAAACAAAGUCACCAUUUGGGACUUGGCAGAAGGUUUUCUUCUUCCCAUGGCAUGCAAGGAGCAAGGUGCCCUGGACACCUCUAAUGAGGUCAGGUGGCUGGAGGCCGCUGAGCAGGGCAAUCUCCUUUUCACUGGCCUCGUUUCGGGGAUCAUCCUGGUGUUCCCACUGAAUUCCAGACAGGAUGUGAUGUGCAUCCCUCCUCCAGAAGCCCGGAAAGCCAUCAACUGCAUGGCCCUUAGUAAGGACGAGGGGCACCUGGCCAUCGCCUAUGACAACAUCGUCCUGGUGCUGGACAUCAGCCCUGGGGACCCCUGUCCAGUCAUCGACAGGCCAACCUACACCUUCUAUACCCAGCUGCCUGACACCAUAGCAAGCGUGGCUGUUCUGGCAGACUACCGCAUAAUCUGUGGCAUGACCAACGGAGACCUCUUCCUUUAUGAAUGUGCGAAUUCCAAGGUGUUCCCUCUGGAGGCCCACGGGAGCCGAGUCACCUGUGUGGAGGUCAGCCACAAAGAGCAGCUGGCAGUCAGUGGGUCCGAGGAGGCCCUGCUGUGUCUCUGGGACCUUCAGGCGUGCAAGUGGAAAUUUGAGAUGAGUUACACGAAUUCUUGCUGUAGAGGAGUCCAAUGUGCUUGCUUCUCCAAGGAUGACAAGUACGUCUACGCAGGCUUGAAAGAUAGCUCCAUAAUCGUCUGGAGUGUGCUGGAUGGCACACUGCUGGCCAUCCAGUUUGUCCAUGCUGUGGUGAACAGAAUCAUCCCAGCCUCCAAUGGCUUCAUUGCCCCCACCAGACAUGGCUAUCUCAUCCGUGAACGUUUCCAGUGCCCUUCAUCAAGAAUCUCACAACAAGGGCCUCUCAAGAACUUCAAAAAAGCAGUGUGGGUGGUCAAAUCCAGGCAGAGAGAAGAGCUGGCUGCUGCUGCAGGAGCACUCCAGGACUCAAGAUCAGGGAGUGCCCAGGGAAACUAAUCUAAAUCAAACAAAUGCUCACAAGUCUGCCUGCUAGUGUAA